CGUGGUUAUUGACAAUCACACCCGUUUCUUACUGAAGGCUGCUCACAAAUCCUCGUAAUGCAAGAUAUCGUUUCUUAUUUUAUACACAAGCGCUAAUCACACGCAUCUUCUGAAAGAAAGCAGCGCGGGAACACACUGGACAUCAAAGGCGUUUAAAGCUCUUCCUCCAGUUUCAGUGAGUGCAUCGCUGGAUAACAUGCAGACAGCAGUGACGCAAGGGCUGCGUUGGACAAGCGACUCGGUGCACGCUGACUGCUGAGCACAGAGAAACCUGCUGCUGCUUUUCGACCAAAACACAGAAGAACAGGAGCCAUUUGUCACUUGAGAUCCUCGCAGGUUUUUGCUGGAGCUAUGGUUUAGGCUGACAACGGUCACGGAUCUGCAUGAACACUAUGGCUGCAGUGGUGAAUUAUUCUCCGCCGUGGUGGGUUAACCUCUUCCAUCGCCUCCCGCACUUCAACCUACAGUUUCAGCUGACCAGCAGCGAUUUCCGCCCGGAGGACUCGGAAUAUCAAAAGUCUGUGUUGUUGCUAGGUGCAGUAGUGUUGGUGUGUUUGGCGCUUGACCUCCUGUUCCUCCUCUUCUACUCCUUUUGGCUAUGCUGCCGUCGCAGGAAGAACCAGGACUCGCCCAACGCGGACUGCUGCUGCACCGCUUGGUGCGUGAUCAUCGCCACGCUCGUCUGCAGUGCUGGCAUUGCAGUGGGUUUCUAUGGAAACGGCGAAACGUGCGACGGCAUGACACGACUGACAUAUUCCCUGCGCCAUGCUAACCAAACGGUGGCAGGCAUCGACAAACUGGUAUCAGAAAGCACCAGCUCUCUGAAUGAAACCCUGCAGGAAGGUUUGGUGCAGCUGGAGACCGUUUACUCCAAGCAUACGGACUAUCUGUCCAUCGUCCAGAAACUGCAGGGUCAGCUGGACGAGCUGAUCAAUCUGAUGGUGGAGGUGCCUUUCUGGAGCAGUACGGAUCUCUCUCUAGAUCACCUGGCAUCCGUCACUGAGCAGUUUGACUGGUACAGGUGGUUGGGUUAUCUGGGUCUGCUGCUCUUUGAUGUUAUAAUCUGCCUGCUCGUUUUGGCCGGUCUCAUACGCAACUCUAGAAGCAUCUUGAUCAGCGUUUGUUUGCUAGGUGUGCUGACGCUGGUGAUCAGCUGGGCUUCACUUGGGCUGGAGUUUUCUGUUGCUGUAACUACCAGUGAUUUUUGUGUUGCCCCUGACUCUUACAUCACCAAAGUGACACGUGAGAACGUUGUUAUCAAUCAAGAUAUCCUGCAAUAUUAUCUGAAGUGCAGCAUGGGACAGACCAACCCAUUUCAGCAGAGACUCUCCGGAAGCCAUAAAGCUCUUGUGGAGAUGCAGGAUGAUGUUUCCGAGCUGUUGCGCUCCGCUAUUCGAGAAUUCCCUAAGACAAAGAGUAACCUGGAGGAGAUGCAAGCGGUGUUGAACUCCACUGAAGUCAGUCUCCAUCACCUCACUGCCCUGGUCGAUUGUCGGAGCCUGCACAUGGACUAUGUGCAGGCUCUGACCGGACUGUGUUAUGAUGGAGUGGAGGGGCUCAUUUAUCUGGUCCUCUUCUCAUUUGUCACUGCGCUAAUGUUUAGCUCCAUCGUUUGCAGUGUGCCUCACACCUGGCAGAGCAAGAGGUCUGAGGAGGAGGAUGGCGAUGAGACUUCAGCCACACUCGGGCCGCGAGCGCCGCAUGAUAACCUGUACCGCGUACACAUGCCUAGCCUGUACAGCUGUGGCAGCAGCACCUACGGCAGCGAGGCUAGUCUCCCUGCUGCGGCACACACUGUCAGCAACGCACCAGUCACUGAGUACAUGAGCCAGAAUGCUAACUUUCAGACCCCUCGGUGCGAGAACACGCCACUCAUUGGCAGAGAAUCCCCCCCGCCGUCAUACACCUCAAGCAUGAGGGCCAAAUAUCUGGCAACCAGCCACCCAGACCAGUCCAGGCCAUCAGAAUCCCAGAACGGACUGGAGCCCAACAUGCGACCAGAUUUAACCAGCCGUUCAGCUCCAAACAGCCGACCAAAUUCAGCUAUCCACCGACCCCACUCCUCCAUCCAUUAACUAUCAUCAAAUGCGUAAUCAAUAGCCAUCUAGCCGUCAGGUCUACAAGUAAGACAUUUGUCUCCACCUCAAUUUUCAGCCCUUUGCCAGUAAAGAAAUUCUUUUGCUGAUUGGAAUCAGUCAUCCAUGCUUCAUCCUUACUCAGUCUUCUUAAAGACUCCAUUCUGCUAAACCUUUAUUCAGACUGCCAUAUUUUAAACUCCCCCAAUCAUCACAGCACCUACACUGCCCUCAUCUGGAGGACUCCUCUCAGUCGUCAGCACAGUCGCUCCCUCACUACCCUUACAGAAAUUCUCUCAGGGCAGCCAUAUUGGCAAGGACUGCAGGACACAUUAUCACAGCAGGAUAAUGAUUUAUACAGUACCACUGUCGUUUUUAAAUCUCUUGGCGUGCUGUGCAAGAAAUGUCAUUCUUUGACAUUUAAUUCUAUUUUUAAGUGUUUUGCAAAAUUACAUAUAGUUUAACAAGGUUUCAAAGAUGCAGCUUUUGUGCUUUCUCUGCAGUUCCUGACAAUAUGGCAGCAUUCUACUAUUACAGCCACAAUCCUGGGUAUUUAUCAUUGCUAUUUGAUGUUAACAGAGAUGUUUACUCGUUUACAAAUGUUCAUUAGUUAACUGAAUCAUAUACUUGCGGUUCCUCUCAUCGGAAGGCCGAUCUUUGUAUUUACAGUUCAAGUGUAAUCUAUGGUGAACCACAAUGUGAACUGACAGCCAUCAAGCCUUUGAGCCAUUAUGCACAUUCAGUAUCUUAUUCUAGAAGGGAAACAACUGCACAGCACACUAAGGGUGUGUGUUUGUGCGCGUGGCGUAUUUGCCUUGUGCAUUAGUUAGGGUGUUUUAAAACGGUCCGACUCACGAGCUCUGCUCUUUGUAAAUAGUAAGUGUUUUUGUAUUUGGAAAAAUGUCUAAAUGAUUAACACUACAAAGUCAGUGCACUGAUCUUCUGUGUAACAGUGCAGUGCAACAUUUGCUGUGGCUUAGAGCUGCAGUGGAGAGUAUCUGUAAGAAAAAAAUCGUGAAACGAAAUAAUAGUAUGUUUUGUAGACAUAUCACUUGAAUUUGUGAAUACACUUGUGGGUGCUCGUGUGUAUGUGCACACUUUAAAUGUGAAUAUUUCAAACGGAGGAAAAUCGGCUCAGAGUGAAGAAGGCAUACCUGGACAAAAAGAGAAAUGCCUCCCCACUGCCCCACAUGUACAUCUUUUUCUGUUCAGGCUUGUUGUCCAGGCUUUUUACCAGGGGAUUGGUGUGUAUAUAUAUAUUUUUUUUCUUCUCCUAAUGAAUUGGAUUUUAUUUUCACCAUGGUCCGCCUUUUAAUUAGUAUUUUUUUUAGCAAUUAUGGGGAAACACUUCUCUGUGGUGUUGAUGGAUCUUCAAUAUGGACACUGGACUUGUGCCAAUAACAGGAUUUUUGUGGUUUCACCACCUUUCCGCAGGAGAAAGAUCAAACUAAAUAUUGCGAAAAAAAAAAAAAUGUGACUGGGACAAUGAAGCUAAGGAAAUUCCUCCUGGUCAUGCAGUCACUAAGUAAGACUUGUGUGGAUGUAGUGUAAGAUAACCUAGCUGUCUUUACCAAGUGCAGUAUUGUUGGUUUCAUUUACUUGCAUCCAGUGUCAUAAGGCUGACAUAACAGUGUUUAGACAUUGUCACGUCGCCUGUCAAGCGCUAAUGUUCUCAUGCGUAAGAUGUGGUAUCUAAUGCCACUCUCAAAACAUCACACCUUGUUGUUUCUUGAACGUAGGUGUUCAUUUGAUUUUGAUUUUAAUAAAUAUCAUAGAUUACAUUAGCUGGUAGAAAUGUCAUUUUAAACUGGAAAAUGCUAUAAUACUGUAUCUUUUAUGACUUUGUGACACCCUCAGUCAAUUGAGGUUGGUUGUUGUUUGAAUUGUCUUUUUGUGUAACAAAAGUGGAUGCUGUGUUUGGAUGCCAGCAGGAAAGGGCUUGUAUCCCUAAACCUCUAAGAUCAUGCACAGACAUGAUUUUGACCAAUAUAAUAUCAGGCAACCACCAAGUUACAAUCCUAGAAUAACACUUGUGCACAAAAAGUAUCAAUGCAACACAAUGUUUCACACAAACACUGACUAUUACAGAAAAAGUAAUAGUAACACAAAUGGAUAAAAUGCACCUUACCACUCAAUAAACACAAUGUAAAAAUGCUCUGAAACAUGUGAGCCUUUUUAGAGUAUUUACAUGUAUUCAACCACUUACAAUCCAAAUGUUUGGAUCUAUGACUCUGUACCGUAUAAUGCAGUUGCAUGACUGAAGGAAAUAUGAGGAAGAAAUAUUCUGCCUUUCUUAAUGUUUUCAUACAGUAACCUUUCUUUCUGUAAAUGUACACUUUUUUUCUAGCGUAUUCUUGUUAGCUUUCUAUUGUAUAGACUAUAACAAAUGAGCCUACUCACUCCUUUCUAAACGUGAAUAAGAAUGAUUCAUCAUAAAUUGAUGUUUUGAUAAUUCUUAUGGAUGUUUUUUCAUUUGUGAUUAAGAUGUUGUACAUGUCAGAAAAAAUGAUUUUCUGAGCCAGGAUUCAAUGUUUUAAUAAUAUUAAAAUGAACUUAUCUGGUG